AUGAUGUCUCUUCGUGCUGUCGCGCGCACCGCCGCUCCCCGCGCCCUCCGCGUCGUCUCUGCUUCUCCCAUCACUCUCGGCCGCGCCACCCUCCGCGCUACCAGCAACGUCCUGAGGACUCAGCUCCCCCAGAAGGCUUUCUCUACCACUGUCUUCCGCGCUUCCACCACCGAGAUUGACGCUGAGCUCUCCGACAAGCUCUCUACCGAGAUUGGCUAUGAGCAGGACAUUGCCUCCAACGAGCCCGUUCCCGCCACCGUCAAGGACUUCCUUGAGAACGGCCCCUUUGAGGUCGUCGACACCCCCGGCAAGGAGGAUGUUGUCCUGAAGCGCACCUUUGGCAACGAGCAGAUCACCAUCUCCUUCUCCGUCGCCGACCUCCAGAACUACGAGCCUGGCAUGUUCGACGAGGACCCCGCUCUCGGUGACGAGGAGGGUGCUCAGAACGAGGAGGACAUGGGUGAAGACGGCGGCGCUCCCGUUCGCCUCAACAUUGUCAUCGAGAAGCCCAACAAGGGUGCCCUCAACAUCGACGCCGUUGCCCAGGACGGCUCCAUCGUUGUCGACAACAUGUUCUACUACCACGACGCCAAGCUCGCUCACGGUGCUACCGCCGAGACCCAGCACGCUUCCCAGGCCGUCUACCCCGGCCCUCCCUUCGGUACCCUUGAUGAGGAUCUCCAGGUCCUUAUGGAGCGUUACCUCGAGGACCGUGGCAUCAACCAGACCCUUGCCCUCUUCGUUCCCGACUACCUUGACAUGAAGGAGCAGAAGGAGUACCUCAGGUGGCUCAACAACCUCAAGGGCUUCGUCGAUGCCCAAUAA